AUGGCGUACGCGGGGCUCUUUGAGGCUGCGGCGCGGGAGGACGGCGCGGUGAGCACCGCGGAGCUGCAGGAGUUUCUGCACCAGCACGACAUGAAGGUGUCGGAGGAUCGCUUGAAGAGCCUCAUGAAGGAGAUGGACGACAAUGAGAGCGGAUUCCUGGAGCUCGACGAGUUCCUGAUCCUGCUGAUCCGAGCGAUGGGCAUGAGGAGAAGGAGGGUGGGCCCCGACUUCGGCACAGCUUCAGAGCUGCGGCAAGAGGGCUGGACUGUAGGAGAGUUGAAGAAGGCCAACUAUGACUGCGCAGCGUUACGAGAGGCAGGGUGCAGUGCCGCGGAGCUGAUGGACGUCUGCACUGCCAAGGAGUUGCUGAACGGGGGCGUCCCAGUGCUGGGGGCCCUGGUGGUGCUGAGCCGCGGCAUCAGCGCUGGCAGCCGCGGGGUCGUGCUUGACGUUGACCGCGAUGCUGGUUGCUGCCGCGUGGCGUUGGAGGACCAGUCCUCCGUGCCGGUGAAGGUGGCUAUCCGGCACCUCGCGCCGGACCCGGACUUUCCGUUGGCCAGACGCCAGGAGCCCCGGCCAGGUUUGGCCGAGGAGGAGGUGGAAGAGGCGCUGGCGGAUGCCAUCCAGGCCUGUGCGGAGGCGACAAGCUCGGCCAUCGGCUCCACGGUGCGCCAGGCCCUUUGGGCGCGGGCUGGCCAGUCCAUGGACAAGGACCUAUCCCGCCUGGGCGAACAGCUCUCAAGGAGGAUGGCGAGGAUGGAGGAGCGCAUCGAGGCGAUCGACAGAGUACACCGUCGCGGCCCAAAGGAGGACGCGACUGAGAAGCUCGCCACUGAGAAGCUUGCCCAGCGCAUUGCGAGGUUGGAGCGGCAACUGGCUCCAAAGAGUGAGAGCCACGAGGAGCUGCUUCCGCGGGCUGGGUUCGAGAACGGGCUGGAGCUGAGAUCGCUGGAGCAGCAGAUUGGUCGCCUUUCUGCGCAAAUGGAGGACGUCGCAAAGUGGCAGAACCGGCUCGAAGUGGAGUUCCGAUCGCUGGCCACAGCCCGGGCCCGGCCGGAUGAGGACUACGAGGCGGCUCUGAGGAAGCUGACCAGCAACAUGGAGGAGGUUCGAUUGCUCAUGGAGACGCCUCGCAGUAUCUCGCCCCGAAGAAGUCGAGCCAGCAGCCCCGGGCCUCCUGCAGGAAGCCGCGCGGCGUCGCCGGUGAGGCGCCUUGGGGCAUGCCUGCAGAAAGUGCGGUAG